UUGUUUCGUUGUGAUGGACGUUUGAGAAUAAUUGUAGUGAAAACAAGUACAACUAACGUAAGUAAAUAAUGAUAUUAUUCAAUUCAUUAUAAAUAUCUUUUCAGAUGUCUUCUGAUUCUGAAACUGCAAUCGAAGCAAGGUCUUUGGCAACAUCGCCUCUUCGAUCCAAUGUUAAUCCAUUUUCACAAGUGCAGAAAGAUAAACUAUUAGUGAUUCAAUGGGAACAUCUCAACCUUUAUAAAUUUUAUCCAAUGGCAUUAUGCAGUUCUUGGACAAUUCGAUGUGCUUUAUAUCCAAUGUCAGUUGUGAAAAGUCGAUUGCAAUUGCAAAGACAAAAUAAUGUCUAUAAUGGCAUGCGAGAUGCUUUUGUGAAAAUAAUCCGACAAGAAGGAAUUGGAGCUCUCUAUAAAGUAAGUAUUUUUUGCUGUAUUCCAUUUUCAGAUGAAAUGUAGAAAUGCAACCAAAACAACCUAAAUUUAUGUUUUUCAGGGAUUUUGGAUGACAUUGCCUCAAUUGACUGCUUCGUUUUUAUAUUCUUCUGCAUACGAACGCGCUAGAGAUCUUCUCCAAACUCAUUUACAUAUCACAAAUCAUUCAUUAGUAUCAGCAUUAGCCGGAGGAAUAGCUUCUCCUUGUGCUCAACUCAUUUUUGUGCCAACCGAUAUUGUUGCUCAGCAUAUGAUGGUUCAUAAUAACCCAGAAGCUUUUGGUGGAGGAAAAAAGAAUAUUGCUGUAGCGGAUGCAAUUAGAAAAGAUGGAUUAGAAGGAAAAAGAACACUUGGAUUACGUGUUAUAAAAGCUGUUUACAAUGUUGAUGGUUUAUCGGGUUUUUAUAGGUAUUUUUGCUCAAAAUAUAAACAUCAAAUAUUCAAAUUUUGUUACAGAGGUUUUUUAUCAGCAAUAAUGUUAUAUAUCCCAUCAACUAUGGUUUUCUGGUCAACGUAUUAUAACUCUCUUGGAAUGUUCAGAAAAAUUCGGGAGAAAGUAACUGAACUGGAAUAUGGUGUAAAACCAACUUCGCCAUCAGAAGUUGAUGAUAGAAAUUUAUUCUUGGAUCAGGCUGUUAGUGGAUCAAUUGGAGGAGUUGCGAGUGCGAUGGUUACAAAUCCAUUAGAAAUGUUGAGAAUAAGGCUGCAAGUUCAUCGAACCACUUAUAGAGAAACCAUUUAUCGAUUAUGGAAAUAUGAAAAAGCUCAAAUAUUCACCAAGGUAAGAGAUUUUUACUCAGACGAAUUCAUAUAAAACUUUUACCUCAUUUUGCCUGGAAUAUAAAUUAUGGUUUUUCAACCUGAUUGAAUUUAAAUUUUGCUUAAAGUUCAGAAAUAUUGAAAAUAAUGGGGGAAAAAUGAUAUAACACGUGAGAAAAAUUGAAUUGAGAUAAAAGAUCGAUUUACUAAAUGUGUCAAAUACUCCAAAACAUUCUAUUUUACAGGGUCUCGCUCCUCGAAUGGUUAACAAUGCACUUUAUUCCAGUCUUGUCAUGCUGGCAUACGAAAGUGUGAAACGUUUUUCCGUUCUUCCAGAAUACCAAAGUAAAGUUGUAUGGUGAUAGUCCAAAUUGUUCUUCCCUUUCUCAGACUGGUAAAUCUCUCGUUUUGUCCAACCAAUUCUGUAUUUUUUGUGCAUGUUCUUAUUCUUCAUUGUAUAUUAUUCUUACCUCCUCGAUUCUGUUUCCUUUUUUUGUAAUUUUCUUUUUUUUUUCAAUGGAACUAGCGAGUAAAUUUUCUUAAAGAUCGAUUGGUUUUAAAUGUUUUAGAGAGUUUCAAUAACUCUUAUAUAUUUCAUGUUUAUUUUGUUUCUAAAAAUAUAAUUUUAAGGCAAUUCAGAUGUCAGCGAAAAGAGUAGUUUCAAGAUUUGAUCGGGUAAAUCAAUGGAUUCAAUUUUCAAGACAAUGGCAUGUUAUCGAUGCGAAUCAACAGGUAAAUAAUUAUCGAAGUAUCAAUAUUAAUUAAACCUGAUAAUUUUUAGGAUGCUGAUCUACUGGGAGAUAAGGUUGCACAACAUUUGGCUGGCAAACAUAAACCAAUUUGGCAUCCUGAAACUGAUUGUGGCGAUCAUGUUGUUGUUACAAAUUGUAAAAAUAUUGCAAUGCAUGCUUUUGAUUGGAAACACACUAUUUAUAAAUUCAAUAAGGUGAGUAUUUUUACUUUAAAUAGCUCGAUAGAAAAAUAAUGGUCCCAAAAUUAUAAAUAGAAAAAUCGAUAAUGCAUAAAAAUUAACGGGAACCGGAUUAUACUCAAAAGUUGUUUUUUCUAUUCAAUAUUCUGUGGCACAGGGGAAAUAUCGAAGAUGGCAGUUCCGUUUCGAAAAUAACUCUACUUCUAACUUAUUUUUAUCACAAAACUCCGUUAGGACCUAAAACAAUUUUUACACAAUUCUUUUUGUAGUCAAUUGUAUUUUUCCAGGAAUAUCCAAAAAGUAAAGCAGAUAUCCCAGCUUGGCAAAUUCAUGAAUAUGAUCCAUGUCGAAUUGCAUUUUUGUCUAUUUAUAGAGUGAGUGAAUUGAUUUUUAUUCCCUUUUCAAAAUGUAGCAAUGUGAAUACUAAAAACAAUUUUUGUCACAGGCAUUGGGAAAUAAUUUAUUACGUCGUCGACAUAUUCAAAGAUUACACUUGUUCGCAGAUGAAGAAAUGCCAGAGUUUGUGAGGAAAAAUAUUGGAAGUCAGGUACAUCUUUUUCUUACUGAAAUGUUCCCUCAUUUCUCUUUUGCUUUUCGGAGAGAUAGAGAGAAAAAAAGGAGAAAUGAUUUUAUUCAAUUCGAAAAAGAAUUUGUCUCCAUCUCUAAUUCUCUUCUCAUUUUCUCAAUCUCUCAUUCGCCAUUUUACACAGUUUACCUCAUUUCUUUUCAAGAUUCGUCAAGUUCAAGAAGUUGUGAAGAAAAGUGAUGAAUAUACUGCAGAAGAACGCGCAAACUUCCCGAAAAUUGUCAAAUUCGCCCAAAAUCAUGUUGUUGAUUGGGAAAAAAGUGUUGAAAAUCCAGGAAGACAUACUAAACCUGUACCAGGACAAAAGGAUAAGUAAAUUAUUUUUUAUUCAUUUUAGGAUAGAUUACUAUUUUUAUUGUUACUUUAUUGUUAUAAAUAAGAUGUUUUGCCAUUUCAAAUUAUUUUUAAAUAUUUCUAUUCAUUUCUGGUUUUCCAACCGAAUUAUCUUAUCUUUUCUAUUUUUCAAGUUCAAAAGUUUUCAAAACUUUACAAUUCCAGAUUUUUCAAGCAUAGCUUAUAUGAAGAUCACGGCAAAAGAUCAAGUUCGGUUGAUCGAUAAUGAACCAAAAAGAAAGAGUUUCAGGAGUGGUUAGUUUGUUUUUGUACAUUUUUUAUUGGUAGAUUUAUUUCUGACCUUCCUUCAUUCAAAUAAUAUUGAAAACCGUUUUCUAGAAAAACAUUUUAUUUUCAAUAUUUUAUAAUUUUUUAGAACUACGUGAAAUUGCGCAGAUGAGCACCGAACAAAAUGCAAUUCGAAUGACGAAAAAACGAAGAAAAGGUGUUUUUAAACUUCGAUUUGAUACAAAAACGAUGAAAGAUGAUGUUGAAAAUGAGCCAGAUAAGAAAAAACGAAAGGAAGCAAAACUUGACGAUAAAAUUAUGCCUAUUUUGGAGAAAAAUCUCGAAUUGGAGGAUAGAAAAAUUGAAAAAGUGGAUGAAGAAGAAAGAAAUGAUGAAACAGAAGAUGUUGGUGACAAAGCAGGUGUGUUGAAUUUUAAGAUAAUAAGGAAAAUUUUUGAAUUUAUAUUGUUUUUCAACCACACAUUUUACAAGAAUUUUGCGAUCUAGAAUUCCUAUGGCAUAAAAGCAGUAUCAAAAAUCAGUUCACAAGAAUUUUUAUUUUCAACAUUUUUUUUGUGUACAAUUUUUAUAAAUUGAGAUCAUAUUAUUUCAGAAUCUGUUCGAACUGAUGAUCUUGAUGACACUAUUGAUUCUAGUUCAAAUAUACCAGAUGAGGAUCCUUUAGAUGCGGAACAAUCAGAAACAAGUAAGCUCUUCUUACAAUAAAACUCUCCAUUAAUCUUAUUUUUCAGAUUCGACAUCAUCUCGAUAUUUCUCUCCUGUUGGUUCCUCAAUGAGAUCUGAAUCAAAACCACAUAAAAAUAAAAAACCGGAAUAUUCGUUUAUUUUGGGUAAGAAUUUAAUUUCAAAGAUUUAUCGCAAAACUUUUUUAUUUCAGAAAAGUUUCCAACUUAUGGACGAACUCGAGAGCAGAAUAAUGAGGUGAAUAGGCUAAGAAUGCAAUUUUUGAGAGCCAGGAGAAAAUGUGAGUUUUAUUUUCGCCGGAAACAGUUUUACAAGAAAAACGUAUUUUUAGUCAUUGCAAUGUUAGAAGAAAAUGGAGAACCUGCGGAGAAUAUUGAUAACUAUUCUGAACAAGGUAAAGAAUAUAAUUUAUUCGAAGAAAUUUAUCAAUUUUUUGAAAAAUUAUAGAUAUAUUGAACUUUGCAAAACCAAUAAAUCGAGGAAGUCCGACAAAAGAAAAACAAAAAGAAUCGAAACCAGUUAACCAUCGAAAAAUAGAAAAACCGUCAUCUUCAAUUUCAAAUUCAAGCUCAAAUUCCAAUUCGAUUUCAAAUCCACAACAAGUUAUUGAAAAUGAGUCACAAGAUAUGACAAAUGAAUGGAUGUAUGCCACGCCUUCUCAACAACAAAUACCGCAAUAUCAAAAUGAUUAUACACAGAUUGUUCAAAUUUCAAAUGGUUAGUUUUUAAUUCAAAAUUUGAGAAAAAAAAAAGAAAAAAUAGAGCACAUGAAAAAAUUUCUGUCAAUGUUAAUUUCAAAUCGAUUUCGAAAGCUAAGCUUUUGACAAAUUGUGUUCUUCCAGAUUUUGUAUUUUGAGAAUUGAAUCUGAUGGAACUUAUUUUCUCGAAAUAUCCAAAUAUUCAAAAAAUUCUGGAUCAUAAAAUUAUAAUUAAUUAUUUUGCAGGUAUUCUUCCUGGUCUCGAAUCAAAUCGUUACAAUUCCUCAAAUGAAACAACAUCAUCUUCAUCUUCUUCAGCCGCAAAUUAUUGGGAAUAUUCUUUGUCUUCAUCUGUUCCAACAAAUUCUGAAAUAAAUUUAAUUGAAUCAAUACGAAAACGUAACCUUAUGUAUAAUAAUUUUGAAAAUUUAUAA